UUGCAGCUUCAUUUCGAGCUUUGAUGUUCUGGAGCGUGGCCUUCGAAAUCUGGCGGGAGAGACGAGAUAGAUAUGGCUGUAGUUUGUUUUCGAUCACGACCAGCGCAAUCUUCUUCUUGUAAUAGAUGGGGCUCGUCAGCUUGUUUGUCUCCGAUGGACAUGAUUAGUGGUAGGAACUUCAGUAGGGUUCAGAAUUGGGCCACGGUUCAGUUUAAAAGGAUUGGAUUGGAGAAUUCGCUGACAUCUUUGCCACGGAGCUGGAGGUGUGGGACUGAAAUCUAUCGGAAUGAUUUGGAGUGCAAUGGUGUGGAUUCGAGUUAUCGCUGCGAUGAUUCUGGUUUUGGAGUUGGGAGUAAUAGGUGGAGUCGAAUUGGAGGGAGCUGGUGGGAUGCGAGAGGGAACAGAAUUAGAAUUGGUGGAAAUAAGAGCAGGAGUGUGGCUGCUCGGGCGCAGGAUCGCAAGCAGCAGUCAGAGACUAGUGUUAAUCGCAUGAACAGGGAGAGCCCAUACUCAGUCUUAGGCGUCUCUCCCGACUGCACUGAUGAAGAUAUUAAAAUCGCUUUUAGAAAUCGGAUUAAGGAGUUCCAUCCAGAUGUCUAUAAAGGCACAGAAGAUGCAGAUGCAAUUACGCAGUUGAUACUUCGCGCUUAUGAAUUGCUAACUAAGGACACUAUAUCAAGAACUUACCGAAGGAAGAACUUGGAUCCAUUCGAAGACCCAGAAUGUGAAGCAGAAGACGUCUUUGUGUUUGAAAUGACUUGCAUGGGCCGAGGGUGUCCAUAUCCUUGUGUGGAGAGGGCGCCAGACGUUUUCAAAUAUGCUGCUGACACUGGAUGUGCAAGGGCAGUUUUACAGAGACCUGGGCAAGGUGAAGAUUACGGAGUUCAGCUUGCAGUUGGCCAAUGUCCUCGUAACUGCAUCUAUUGGGUUACUCCUAUGCAACGUGUUAUACUGGAAGAUUUAAUGGAGCGUGCUUUGGAGGGGACAACAUAUUCAAGCGAGGUUUUGACAUUAGAAGCAUUGAUCGCACGGGCUAAUUUUGAGAAUGGAAGGUAUCAACCUCCGAAGCAGAAAAGGCAGCCUUCCAGAUCUGAUGAGUGGGUAGACUGGUUUUGAAUCCUGCAAAAUAUCUCCAACUACUUUUGUUCUCAAUAGUUAAUGAAAUUUGAAGGAAGCAUGCAGUAGGUCUAACUCGGGUUUCAAGUUGAGUGAUUUCAGAUGUGUUGCAAAUCACUUUCUGUAAUCAGAAGAGGUCAUACUUGAAAGAUUAGGCUCACAUCAGAGACUUGCUGUGUGCUAGUUUAACCUCUUCAAUUCGAAUUAGUGCGACUGGAAAUAUCUCUUUGUGUAUAUUUUUGCAGACCUAGUUUGAGCAGAGUUCUACAUCUUGGUCAGCGUGCUAGCAACACAUAGUUGUAAAAGAAGAAUUUUCAAGCUGUAAAUCUGCAGAGUAUCCCUUGCAGGCUUUCAAUCGAUGGUAGCUUCUUUUUGAAUAUCA